GACGAAUGUAGCCCCGUCAGUUUAUAACCGGCGACGAUCUCAUCUCCGUCUUCCUUGGCUUAGAGAGAUAGAAAGCUAUGGCGGACGAAGAAGACGAGUUACCGGAGACGGAGCUAAGUUACGAUCAGAAGAAGGAAAUCGCGAAAUGGUUUCUCCUCAACGCUCCCGCUGGGGAAAUCAAUUACGUCGCCAAAGAUUUAAAGGCGGUUUUGAGAGAUGAGGAAGUCUACAACGAGGCAGCCAUGGAGGCGUUUCCAUUGUACAAUAAGUCUCAUAUGAUCUGCCUUGAAAUGCCUAAUAGGGCAGGUGAUGUGAUUGUUUCAUCUUACAGCGAAAUUACUGAGAAUGAAUACCUUGAUCCAAGAACUGCUCAGGUUGCCAUUGUUGAUCACGUUCAACAGAUUUGUACAAAAGUACGACCUGCUGACGAUGAAGAACUUGCAUCUUCGUAUAUUGAGGAAUUCAGAUGUGCUCUUGAUGCUGAAAUCCAGAGAUACGUUAGUGAAUCUUACCCGAAAGGUGUGUUUGCCGUUAACUGUGUGAAAGGGAAAGAUGCUGAUGGUCCAGGGACGGACUUUGAGUUCGUCGUUAUAAUUACUGCUAGGAAGCUCAGUCCCCAGAACUUCUGUAAUGGAAGUUGGAGAUCUGUAUGGAACAUUGAUUUUCAGGAUGAAUCUCAGGUGCUUGACAUAAAAGGGAAAUUGCAGGUAGGAGCCCAUUAUUUCGAAGAGGGAAAUGUUGAGUUAGAUGCAAAGAAAGAAUUCCAAGAUUCGACAAUAUUUCAGUCUGCGGAUGACUGCGCGAUUGCCAUAGCCAAUAUCAUCAGGCACCAUGAGACAGAGUACCUUGCUGCUCUAGAGGUGGCGUAUUCUAAACUACCGGAUAACACUUUCAAGGAUCUGAGGAGGAAACUACCAGUGACAAGAACUCUGUUCCCAUGGCAGAACACUUUACAGUUCAGCCUAACCAGAGAGGUAGAGAAAGAACUUGGACUUGGCAAGUGAGACUAAAUUAUCAAAUCUCAGCCUCCUCUGUUUCCAUUUUGUUACCAAGUUUCUGUGAUUCCAUUAUGUAAGUUAAGUAUAAUCCUUACUGUGUUCUGGUGCGAGUGUAUUUCUUCCUUCCUUUGAAGUAAUGUAAUGUACAAACCGCAUGCAAGUGUUGAAUCAUUGGAAAAAAAUCCGUUUGCCAAUAAUUUA